AUGGCGAACGUCAACGAGAUUGUGGAGCGUCAGAUCCAGCCCAUGGGCAACAUCAACCCGGAUGUGCCGCCAUUGACCGAGAAGCAGAAUGUCUUCAAUGUACACCAUGCCCCGGAAGACAGCACCACGCAUGGCACUCCAGAGUACACCGGCGAUGGCUCUGCGAAGGAAUUCGAGAAGACUGCCACGUAUGUCGGCGAAAUGGAGGAGACCGACCUCAAAGAAGGUCUCGAAGAGGAGCUGGAACAGGAUCCCUUCAAGCCCUUUGACAACCUACCGGAAGAGCGACAGUCGAUUGUCACCAUCCGAGCCAUGUUGAUCGGUGUUGUCUGCGGUGCGCUGGUGAAUGCUUCCAACGUCUACCUUGGUCUCAAGACUGGUUGGACUUUCGGUGCUUCGCUGUUCGGUGCCAUCAUCGGUUUCGCUGUACUCAAGCCACUAGGCAGAGCACUUCCAGCCAACUUUCCUAUCCUUGGAGGCGACUUUGGUCCUCGCGAGAACAACAUCGUCCAGACUGCAGCCACUGCCGCCGGUGGCCUGUCGAGUGUGUUCAUCUCCGGUAUUCCAGCACUCUACCAAUUGGGACUUCUCAACACACCAAGGGAAGACUUCCCACGUCUCAUCACCUUGACCAUCGUCGGUGGCUACUUCGGUUUCCUGAUGUCGACACCACUGCGAAAGUUCUUCAUCAUCUACGUCGCACGCGAGCUGAAGUUGAUAUUCCCAACUCCUUCCGCGACUGCAAUGACCAUCCGUGCCAUGCACUUGGCAGCUGGUGGUGAGGCGAUCGCAAAGAUGAAGAUGCGAGCUCUCAGCAUUGCAUUCUCUGCUGCACUCGUGCUCCGUGUCGUGUCCCAGUAUGCCAUCGGCAUCCUGUGGGAUUGGCACAUCUUCACCUGGUUCUUCAUCUGGGGCAACUACAACAACGCCGCCAUCAACGUCGAGAACUGGGGCUGGAUGAUCGAGUGGACUCCAGCUUUCAUCGGGGCUGGCAUGCUUGUCGGUCUUAACACUGCCAUCUCCUUCUACGCUGGCUCCAUCUUGGCCUGGGGCAUCAUCGGUCCAUCUCUCGUCAACCAGGGCGCAGCAUUCGGCAUGGCACUGGUUCCAGAUGACCCACACUGGGGCGGCUACGUCUCAUUCGCAUCGCUCGGCACGGCAGCCUCCACGAAGGACACUCCUAGCCCACGUUUCUGGCUGCUAUGGCCGGGUGUCCUGCUCAUGAUUGUCGUCUCGUUCGUCGAGCUUGGCCUGCAGUACAAGGUCUUCUUCUACGUCUCCAAGGCCAUCUACCGCGCAUCAUGUGCUGGUAUCGCCGCAGGCAUGAAGAAGAUGGGCAAGCGAUCCGAGAAGCUCGAGCGCAAGGGUGCCCAGACCGAGUCCGUUCUCGUCGAGGACUCUGCUCGCGACGACGAGCUCGUCAAGUGGUACAUGUGGCUCCCAGCCAUCGUCGUCGUCAUCAUCCUUACCUGCGUCGUCAUGGGUGUCCAGUUCGAAAUGCCAGUCGGCAUGAGUCUGCUGUCCAUCUUCCUGGCCUUCUUCUUCUCCCUGCUGGCCGUGCAAUGCGCUGGUGUCACCGACAUCACACCACUCACCGCUGCAUCCAAGGCAUCUCAGAUCGUCCUCGGUGGCGCGACCAAGGGUGAGCACUGGCAAGUCGAGCACGCACAGCGUCUCAACUUGCUCGGUGGCUCUCUCGCCUCCAUUGGUGCCAACCAGGCCUCCGAUCUAGUCGGCGACUUCCGUGUCGGUUUCCUCCUCCGAACUUCGCCAAAGCAGCAAUGGAUCGCACAAGGUCUCGGAACGAUCGUGGCUUGCUUCUUGGCUCCAGCGCUCUUCAUGCUCUUCGCCAAGGCGUACCCAUGUAUCCUCGACAUCAACGCUGAGGUCUGCCCAUUCAGCGCACCAUCCGUCUCUGCGUGGCGUGCUGUUGCUGUCGCCAUGACCGAUCCAGAGUUCCCGGUCCCUACCAGCUCUGGAAUCUUCGCCAUUUGCUUCUCGAUCUUUGGUGCUGCUAUGAUUUUCGUCAGGCAUUAUGCGUACCGCGGCACUUGGGAGAAGUACCGCGUGUACCACCCCAACAUGAUGUGCAUUGGUCUUGCAUUCGUGCUGCCACAGACCUACUACGGCCUUGCUAUGAUCAUCGGUGCAUUGCCAUGUUUUUACUGGGCGAAGAAGAACCCCAAAUCUUUCGACAUCUACGGCUACGCCAUCGCCGCCGGUCUCAUCGCAGGCGAGGGUAUCGGCGGUGUCAUCAACGCCGUCUUCCAGGUGGCAGGUAUCGCCGGUCCAUCGCCGUACGGCACAAACGUUGCGUGCCCAGCGAACUCUUGCUAG